CAGGGCAAGUAUUCCUGUGUCUUUCCAGGGAAGUUGGGACAACGUGAUCGAGAAAACUGACGGAGCCCGGGCAAUCGACUUUUUGGAUUUUUUGUUGUACGUGGUUCCAACUCUGUUGGUACCUUUGUUUCCCAGAACUGCCGUAAGAAAAGCACUACUUAUGCUUUCUAGAGGUUGUGCAAUUGCACUACAGUGGGAGCUUACGGGUCCUUUGAUCCAGGAGAUGGAAAGGUAGAAUUACAUUUAUUAGAUAUAUUCAUGGACCUAUUAAAUUAACGCUUUCCCUAGUUGUUUCGAGAGUUGGCAUGUAUUUUUAGAUCAGGAAAUUACCAAAAAGAAUAUAUCCAACAGCAUUUUCAAACCGAACAAUCACUAUCUUUCUCAUAUCGGUUACAUUGUGCGAAAAGCGGGAUGCAUGAGAUCUUAUAGUGCAAGAUCUAUGGAAAGAACAAUAGGCAAAUAUUCCAAAUUGAUCAAAAGCAAAGUACACGCUGGGAAAAACGCUGGGAAUAUGGUGGAAAGACUGUCGAUUUGUGGAUAUAUCAAUUUGGCUUUAGACACAGUCAGUUUGUUGGAUACAAUCACAGCAACAAAAACAUCGUUGGAUGAUUUCAUAGAGCUGCCGCUUACAGCAAUCCAUAACCUUAAUCAUCAGCUAUGGAGCCCAUUCACCUUAUUUACUCAAGACAUGGUCGAAUCAGUCCCCAUUGAUACGUUUCUUCGAGAGCUCAAAAUAUACUAUAGCCGUUCAACAACAUCGCCUUUGUCGUAUAUCACCAUCAAUAACAUGAACUUUAAAAUUGCUGCUCGCGCACUUUUGUACAGCCAUGUAAUAUCUUCGAAAAUGUACCGUAGAAUCCGAUCGGAACAUCGCCGUGGAAAUCACUUCGUUUUAUUCAAUGCUAGUUAUAAAUCCAAAACUUGUUGGUACAUUGGGGCGGUGCUUUUUUACUUCGAGCACAACAACACCUCCGAUCCUCAAAAUGCACAAUUCUUGGUUUUUGUUGAAGUAAUGAAAGAACAUUACGCUGCCGACUAUGACAAUACUAUACCGAUGAUAAAAAUGAACAGCGAUAGUGCAACAACAAGACAUGCUGUGAUCAGCCUCAACGACGUCCAACAUCAAGUAGGUUUGGUCCAGUCAUCACCCAAUUCACUUGAAUAUAAAGUUGUUGCACCAUACAAGAUCUUCAACGAAAACGUAAAACAAAGUGCUGGACAACUAAAACACAUUUAAUUAUUCUUCUACACCAACCCAUGCUUUUUUUUAUCUCUUAUCCACACAAACUUUUUUUUUUUUACAUAUAUUCUUAUCCAUAUCCACAUAUUUUUAAAAUAAAUCUUUAACUUUCAAAUUGAAACCUAGUUCGGGAUCACACAAUGAUUGUUCAGAUGUCAACAACAUUACAUUGAUGAAGAGGGUCAAAAAAAAAAAAAAAAUAAAAAAAAAAGAAAAAAGAAAAAAGAAAAAAGAAAAAAAAAAGAA